AUGACCAUUUCUCUGCGUCUCGUCGUUUUGUGUGCUCUCUCGUCGACGGUUUUUUCACAAUGUGAUGAUAAUGGAGUCGUUUAUGCGUCUGGUGAUAAGUGGAUUCGGAAUAAUCACUUUUUGGUGACGUGUAGGAAUGGGAUGAUUCAGACCCUAAAAUGCGUUACCGACAGUGGACAUCUCCUCGACGUGGGCUCCAAAACAUUUGUAGAGCAAGGAUAUGAGUACACCUGUUCUCAUGAAGCCGAGGAGAACUUGAAUACGAAUUCUUGUCCAACAUUUGCAGAUUUUUCGGAUGACAUCUUCAAGGAUAGAUUCGCGAUAUGCUGUAUUUCUAGAAGGUUCAAAGGAUGUGUGGAUGUGAAUGGGGAUAUUAUAAAACACGGAUAUUUUAUUAUUGGAAAUCGAAGUCUGAAAUAUUGUCGACUUCAUGCCAAUCAACGACAGGCUAGGAUUGAGCCGAAAGGUUGUUUCAACGGCACCGUCAACGACGACAUCAACGACGAAGAUCUGCACAUUAAGAAAUACGCGGUUUGGCGGGAAGGAGACAUUGAGUAUCGCUGCGGUGACGAUGGUGUUCAUAUUCAGCGAUGUUUUCCGAAAGAAUUGAAGAAUAAGCCGGUGUGGGCGGGCACCGCGUGGAUUCAAGAUGACGGUCAAGUCAAGACAUGUGGGAAGAUAAAUUAG